CUACAUUUCUUCCCAGAGGUUUCUGACUCUUCUUAUAUGCGGAUAAAAUUUCUCUCCAAGAAGGUUUUGUUCAGAGGAAAGAAAUAGCUUCUCUCUAAGAGGCUUCUUUAAAGAAAUGGCAUCAGAUAUUCCUGGCUCAGUGGCCUUGCCGGUGGCUCCGAUGGCAAGUGGACAAGUGAGGAUGGCAGGAUCCAUGCCUUCCAGAGGAGGAAAGCGUCGCUCUGGAAUGGACUUUGAUGAUGAAGAUGGGGAGGGGCCCAGCAAAUUUUCAAGGUAUGAUGGUGAUCAAAUCACUGGUGAUAAGGAAAAGUUUGCAAGGGAGAAUCACAGUGAGAUUGAGAGGCGCAGGAGGAAUAAGAUGACGCAGUACAUCACCGAGCUGUCGGACAUGGUGCCCACGUGCAGCGCCCUGGCGCGCAAGCCUGACAAGCUGACCAUCCUCCGCAUGGCUGUUUCCCACAUGAAAUCCAUGAGAGGCACUGGGAACAAAUCUACUGAUGGAGCUUACAAGCCUUCCUUUCUUACAGAACAGGAACUGAAACACCUUAUCCUGGAGGCUGCAGAUGGGUUCCUGUUUGUAGUUGCAGCUGAGACAGGAAGAGUGAUCUACGUAUCAGACUCUGUGACUCCUGUGCUAAACCAGCCUCAGUCUGAGUGGUUUGGCAGCACUUUGUACGAGCAGGUUCAUCCAGACGACGUGGAAAAGCUGCGAGAGCAACUGUGCACAUCUGAAAACUCAAUGACAGGACGAAUCCUGGACUUGAAGACGGGGACAGUAAAGAAAGAAGGUCAGCAGUCCUCAAUGAGAAUGUGCAUGGGAUCCAGGCGCUCUUUCAUUUGCAGGAUGAGGUGUGGAAAUGCUCCUCUGGAUCAUUUACCUCUGAACAGAAUAACCACCAUGAGAAAAAGAUACAGGAAUGGCCUGGGCCCAGUGAAAGAAGGUGAAGCACAAUAUGCUGUUGUCCAUUGCACUGGCUAUAUCAAGGCUUGGCCACCAGCAGGAAUGACUAUACCAGAAGAAGAUGCUGAUGUGGGACAAGGUAGUAAAUACUGCCUCGUGGCAAUAGGAAGGCUUCAGGUGACCAGCUCUCCGGUGUGCAUGGACAUGAACGGCAUGUCGGUCCCCACGGAGUUCCUGUCCAGGCACAACUCUGAUGGAGUCAUCACCUUUGUGGACCCACGGUGCAUCAGCGUCAUUGGCUACCAGCCCCAGGAUCUUCUGGGGAAAGAUAUUUUAGAAUUCUGCCAUCCUGAAGAUCAAAGCCAUUUGCGAGAGAGUUUCCAACAGGUGGUAAAACUGAAAGGUCAAGUCCUGUCUGUGAUGUAUCGUUUCCGCACCAAAAACCGGGAGUGGAUGCUGAUCAGGACCAGCAGCUUCACGUUUCAGAAUCCUUACUCGGAUGAGAUCGAGUACAUCAUCUGCACCAACACUAACGUUAAACAACUUCAGCAACAGCAAGCAGAGCUCGAAGUACAUCAAAGAGAUGGGCUGUCAUCCUAUGACUUAUCUCAGGUGCCUGUUCCAAGUAUACCAGCUAAUGUUCACGAGGGUGGAAAGUCUGUGGAAAAGCCUGAUGCUAUCUUCUCCCAAGAGAGAGAUCCUAGAUUUGCUGAGAUGUUUGCUGGAAUAACUGCUUCAGAUAAAAAAAUGAUGGCCUCUGCAUCCACAGCAGGAAACCAGCAGCUUUACUCACAGGGAAGCCCAUUUCAGCCAGGACACUCGGGAAAGACUUUCAGCCAAGGCUGUGAAAGUGAAGGAGCAGCCACUCAGAUCCUGUCAGUUCCUCGGACUGGAAAACAUUGUUCAUCUGUGGUGCAUGUGCCUGGUGUGAACGACAUCCAGUCUUCCUCCUCAACAGGCCAGAACCUGACACAGAUAUCCCGGCAGCUCAACCAGAGCCAGGUGGCCUGGACAGGAAAUCGCCCUCCAUUUCCAGGACAGCAAAUUCCAUCUCAGUCUGGCAAGGCUCAGUCGUCUCCCUUUGGCAUUGGAACAAGUCACACCUACCCAGCUGAUCCAUCAUCCUACAGCCCCCUGUCCAGCCCAGCCACCUCUUCUCCAAGUGGGAAUGCCUACUCCAGCCUAGCAAACCGAAAUGCAGGCUUUGCUGAAGGUGGCCAGAGCAGUGGGCAGUUCCAGGGGAGACCUUCUGAAGUGUGGUCACAGUGGCAGAGCCAACACCACAACCAGCAGAGCGGCGACCAGCACUCGCACCCACAGCCCAACCAGAGUGAGGUGUUCCAGGACAUGCUGCCGAUGCCGGGGGAUCCAACACAGGGCACUGGCAAUUACAACAUCGAAGAUUUUGCUGACCUGGGCAUGUUUCCACCUUUUUCUGAGUAGCUGGUGAAGCAGGAAUGGAAGUUCUUCUUCUCCAAGGCCAUUUCAGUGUAAUUUUGGCGCUGCUUUUCCUGUGUUGCAUUUCUGUAGAAGCUACUAAACCAGAAGACACAUUUCUCACAUUUCAGAUAGUGGUGUAGGGCUUGCUCUCUCCUCCUUGGGGUGCAUCAGUGCCAACAGAGGAGCUUCAGCACUUGUUAGUGUUCAUUGACAGCUCCAUUGCUUUUUUUUUUUUAAUUUUAUUGUCAUCUACCUCAGAGAUAAAAAUUUUGCUUGUUUUUAAAAAAAAAAUCUCUGAGUCUCAAAUAUUUGAAUGUGAAUGAUGCAUAAUAUUUCCUUUGAAUGGUAAUUUUUCACUAGAUAACAAAGUGACAAAGACUAACAGAGAAAAGGUAAGGUCAUGUCUCGUUACAGUGCCUACCGCUCAAUGUUGAUGCCUUGCUUAAGCUUAAGUUUCUGAAAGCAGACACAAUAUUCUGUUUUCUUUGAUUCUUGUAGGUUUUAGGUCACUUUAAAUGUUGAGAUUAAGCAACAUAAUGUAGGCCUCUCUCACCAGAAGAUACAGCUCUGCCUUUUCUAACUUAAACUUGAAUGUGUGUACAUUUUGGUACUUUAUGUAUAUCUUGUGCUGUAUGAAGUGAUUUCCUGUACUGGUUUCUUUUGCCUUUACAAAGGGUCCAUUCUGGAGUGUACUGAAAAGGUUGAUGAUGUAUGUGAAGGAUUUGAAUAUUGUGGGAGUCUCCAUCACUUCACAUAGGUGUUCUUACUUUUAAUUCAGGUGGUUCUCUAUUUGGAACAAACAUUUACUUACAUAAGCUAUUAGUCUGGUUUUGCACUGAAUUGAGGCCUAUAAACUUGUACAUUUCUCACUGGCUGCUUUAAUUAUUGUUGUUCUUGCUUUCCCAAAAAUAUUGCCUCUUAAAAAAUGACUGUAAACACAUUGAGAUUGCAUUUUCUAUAUUAGCUACAUUUCCUUUCUGUGAAGUACUUUUUUAUACUGUGAAACCUCACAUUUUAACAGUGCAAGGUGAUGGCCUGUUACUAGGAAAUCAUUCAAGCUCAUUUGCUGCAAGCAGUGAGAUGGUUUUGUAGUGUAUAAUUUUUUUAGAGUGGGUUGGUAAUAGAUAUUGAUUGGGCUAUUGUCCACUGCAUACACAGUGAUAACUUGAAUUUUUGCUUGGAUUCCCAAGCAAAUGUUUCUGUUAAACCUGUUAACCCUGUUCUGUUAAAGACAGGAUUUUCAGCUUACCAAGUUUGUUGAGGACUCUUGACUGCUCUGAAUGCUGUGUGCUUUUCCACAAGAGGUAAGUUAAUCACCUUCCUCUUGGGCAAAUCACCUGCCAUAUGUCUUCAUCAGAGAUGUGGUAGGAAUCUUUUUUGUUCAGUAUUUCAUAUGCAUGAUGAGUUACAGAGGUUGGAUUAUAAGGAUUUUAUCCUGAUCAUUUCUUCUGGGAUGGGAGGAGAAAGAAUCACGCACAAAGCCCCAAGUUCCUGCAUGCAGGUUGUUCAUAACCUUUGAGGUUGGGUGUUGGCAGGCAGCCUCUGCAGAGGAGGAAGGGGCAGCUUCCCUCAGCUUUUGGGCAUUCAGGGGCCAUCACAGACCUUGAAAGAGCAGCCCCAGGGCAUAGCCCCCAUCCAGAAGAUCUCAGUGUGUGCAGCAACUCUUGGACUUCACAGGCUCUGCACUCUCAUAGCUGCUGUCGAAUUCUGGGGUGCCUCUGAGAGGGGACAUGGUGCACAUCAGCACGGUCCAUAUUUUUGGGAUAACAUCCUGGGGGGCAGGCAGGCCCUGCCCCACAGCCCCCCUGGCCAUGCAGGUUUGAGGUGAGCAGGGCCCAGGGACACAGCUGGCACAGAUGGGGCUGUGCCCAUUGACACUGUCCCAGCCUUCUCCCAGAGCAGCAUGGCGUGGUCAGUAGCCAGGAAGAGUCCUUCCUUACUUCCUUCCUAUUUCUCUCACUAAACCUGGGACCAAUCUCUUACCCUAUGUGCAAGUGGGGCUAGGGAGUCUUUUUUAAGGACAGUUUUGUAUAUCUCUAGAUAAGGUACUGGAGAGGCCUCAGAUCUCCUGGUCUGCACUUGCCUCACCAAAUUACACUGAGAACAAAUAAAAAUCUUCCUAUCUCUUCUCCCCUAGAGAUCAGGAAAACGCCAUCUUAGGUGAGCAAGCCAUGUGCUUACGCACUGUUCUUUUAAAUACAUGGAUGUUGAAUCUCUUGGAGCCUUUCCCCUCAUGCUGCUCAAAUAAAUGACUGCUCAUGGAAUUGGAGAGGCAAAGCUCUGCUGCCUCAGAGUAAAGUUCAUUGGUAUCUCUUAAGAGGUGCCUGAAUGCUGCACCAGUGAGUGAGGUGCUCAGUGUCUGUGCAGGGUUUUAAAAAAAGCUGCUUAUGAGGGAGGGAGCAGUAGGUGAGCCGUUUGUGUCUCUGCACAGAAGAUGCUUGACAUUAUAAAUGUCAGUUCUUCUGAAUUUUUUAUAAAUUUUUCCAUAAAGUGAAUGACGAAUUCAGUGAAAAACUGCUGUUCCUGUGUUUUAUUUUACCCAACAAGCUGCUCAAAUUAUAUUUAUAGUUUAUUUUACUUCCUGAAUUCAAUUUUAAAAUAAGGUUUUUAAAAGUAACUUUCUUUCUCCUGACAUCAGCAAUGUUAACUUCCUCACUGUGUCGUGGCUUUUAUACUACUGGAGAAGGCUUCCCAUGUACAGGUUUUGGUUGUGCUGUUCAAAGUGCACUGUUAGAAGAAAUUUCAGCAUCUCUCUUUUUCUUGUUUUUUUGAAGUCAGUACGCCUGAGGGACCAGAGCAUGGACAGCUUCUCACCUUGUGGCCUCCUUCUGCCUGUCUGGCUGGGGAAGGUGAUGGCUGCUCUGUUAGGGACAGAGUGGAUGGUGCCCAGGUUGGUUUGGGUUUUCCCUAUCAGCUGUUUCCAUUGUGCCAUCCUGAGCCAGCGCUUUAUUCUUGGCAUUUCCACCCUCUCCCUGCUCCUCUGCCAUUCCUGGCCAUCCCAUCUCCCCCAGCCCAGGUGGGAGGUAUUGGGCUGCCAUUCCUGAGCCAGCAAGGAGGGAGCAAUUCAUUAAGGAGGGAGUUUGGCAAGUCUGUGCUUUGAGAAAGCAGAUGCUGCAGGUGGGGCUUUGCCAGUGCUGCCCUGGCCCUGCUGUGCCCGUGCCUGCUGCUCCAAAAACCACCCCAGGUCUUGUGGCUGACAGAGCUGUGUCGCCUUGGCUGUGCUGUAUCUUGUGUUUGGUUACUAGAGCAACUUAACUUAUCUUAUAGCUGCAGUUAUAAGGUGCAUUGGGAAUGCCAGUGUUUUUAUUAUGUGCUGUCAGUGUAGCUUUGUUGGCACUUUGGCUUCUAAUUUCCAGAACUUCAUAGGUGGUGGAUUUCUAAUUUCUUUUGUGUUUUUUUUUUUUUCUAAGCUGGAAAUAAAGCUGUGAUUUCUGAUUGAGCUGUCGCAAACACAGUGUUUCUUGAAACUGAAUCUUUUGGGUCUUAAACUAAUAGAGCAAGAAACUGCAAAUAGGGAUGGUCUGGGUGAGUUAUUUCAAGGAGCAGACAAGGAGACUGAGACAGUUUUAGAUACUAAGAUAUUUAUAUUCAUUUAUUCAGUCAAACAAUCUAAGACUCCAUCACAUUACUUGUACAAAUGCUACUGGCAGUACCUACAGUGAUGCUUUAACCAGAUAGUUCCAUUUGUAGCUUUGUUGCCUUUUCUUUUCUUUUGAAGUACAGUAUGAGACUGUAAAUACUUCUUGCAGAACUGCCUUUUUAACUCUUAAUUACUUUUGGCACAGUGUUAAAUAGUGUUGGAUUUACCCAAUUGCUAUGACAUAUAUUUUUAUACAUAGGUGUACUCUUUUUUCGAGAAUAAUACAGCCAUUUUGUCAUUAAUGCCUUAUCGGUGUCAUACUGCUGUUGCUCUUUGUUUGCAAGGUAUCGAGUGGACUAAUUUCUAGUUCAGAUAUUUUCAGUUUUCCUGGCAGUGCUCAAGUUUGGCUUCAGGUGGUUUUUACCAGAGCCCCAUUUUUCACAGUUGUUAACUGUGAGAAGAGGAGAAUGUGGGCUUGGGCUCGUUGCUGUUAAUGGAGCAAAGAAAGGCAUCUAAUUGUCUUUAAAAGGUCAGUCUUUUCCUACUCUAAAUCAGAGUGCAUUUCAGGAAACCAAUGACUGUGGUCACUGAUUACUUUGUGUAGAUUAAUGGUCUUUAAAAAAGAAAGGGAAAGAAAAGAAAAAAGAAAACAACUCCAAAAAUGGGCUUCUGUCAUUGUUAGGCACUUGGUUACGUAUCUGUUUAAACUCUUCAUAUUGAUGUGAAAUUGUGCUGUGGAUAAAGUGUAUUUUGUACUUCUGAAUGUUCUAUAUUUAUGACUAACAAGUACAGAAUCAGUUGUGUGUAUGUAUAACUAAUAACUGCCUUUUUAAAUUUCAUUAAAAUAAAAAUGUCAUGAGCUGUUGUUAA